GUGUGCGGUGUAGAACACAGAAGCGCCCAGGAGGACGUGACGGAAGGAACGCCGGACUCAUCUUACACCUUAAGGACACUUCCUCCUUCUCUCGGACUUCCAGACGCGCACAGGAGCGACAAGACAUCUCCCAAGGAGGCCACGCUAAGGUUGUUCUGUGAAAACCCCUGGUGCAUGAUGGGCUUGUAGAGAGGUCGUCUCCCUGGAAACCGGGUCAAGAGCUACACAGCCAUCAAGGAACAAACAGACCCACCGUGAGUAAGAAAAAACGGUCCACCGAAUCCACACCAGAAAACCGGAUAGAAAACCGCCCUUCACCAGACACAGCCAGUACCCAGUCCUGGACUUAAGGUUGCUGACCUCAGCUGACCCCGCUGCUGUACCAUGCUGCUGAGAAACUCCACAAGACCCUCAUGUUAAUAACUUCAGGAAGGAAGUUCCCCAAGAAAGGCCAUCUUACAAGUUUGUCGUCUUAGACAAAUGUGCAAGAGAGGAAAAAACAAGAUUGAACAACCGAGUCUGUGAAUGCUGCAAAAAGAAAGGCUAUCUUGUCUAAAGUUUGUCGUCUUAGACAAGUGUGCAACAGAGAGAAACACCAGAUUGAGGAACCGAAACUUUGGAUGCUGCAGAAGCGCCCCCGAGGAAAGCUGCACUUCGGGCUGAAAGUUUGCGCAGGAAAUCCUCAGUCUUACCCAGGAUCCACGUCUUACACAGGUGUGGAGAGGAGGAAAGUCUAGUAAAUGCUGCAGAAACUGUUAAAGGCUUAAACCAGAUCAGCGAGAAGCCAACUUCCCCCGGGCAAACAUACUCCAGUACUUAGGCACCGACGCUGGGAUGGAGUAAGUGUGUCACCGUUACCUAGGAGACAGUUACACUGAAAAGCAUUUGUUUGCAACACCUGCGCAGGUCUCAAGAAGCCGGGGAUCAGGAUACUAUGAUCCCCCAUGCACGGCCCCACAGGCGCCGCAGAUAGCACGAGGAGAGGUCCCCCGUCCCAGCCGUUGCCGGGAUACGCACCGUUGCCGGGUUACGCGCCGGGAUACGCAGUGCUGCCAAACUUCCCCGCGCCCGUCCCGCGCUCGGCGGCCAUGAUGAGAGGAGGCAGCCGAAGAUCGAUGCUGGCCGGACUCUGCACCUUCCAGGCCUUCCUACUGAUGUACCUGUACUUUUUUUCAAGUAGCACAUCGUGCGACAAGGGAAAGAUGAUUCCGAAGGAGGGAAGCCAGUACGUGUACGACGCGGAAAACCGUGCCUAUCAGUACGACCGGAACAUGCCACUCAUCUUCAUCGGGGGCGUCCCCCGCUCCGGGACCACGUUAGCACGCGUCAUGCUCGACGCACACCCCUCGAUUCGCUGCGGGGAAGAAACUCGCGUCAUCCCCAGAAUACUCGCCAUGCAGGUGCAGUGGAGAAGGUCCACCAAGGAGAAAUCCAGACUCGAGGAAGCCGGAGUCACGGACGAAGUCUUAGACGACGCGAUCUCCUCGUUUGUCUUAGAAGUGAUCGCAAAACACGGUGAGGCGGCGCCGUACCUGUGCAAUAAGGACCCGUUCACCCACAAGUCGACGGUGUACCUAUCGUCGCUGUUUCCCAAUGCCAAGUUCAUCCUGAUGUUGCGAGACGGGCGUGCAGCAGUGCACUCCAUGAUCACGAGGAAGGUCACGAUCACAGGGUUCGACCUGACGUCGUACAGAAACUCUCUCACAAAGUGGAACCAGGCCAUAGAGAACAUGUACUCACAGUGUGUGCAGGUGGGUCCCACGAAGUGUUUACCUGUCCAGUACGAGCAGCUCGUGUUACACCCGAAGGAGUGGAUGGACAGAAUCCUGACGUUCCUGGAGAUCCCCUGGGAUGAGGCUGUGCUUCAUCAUCAAGACUUCAUCGGCAAGCCGGGAGGGGCGUCCUUGUCAAAAAUCGAGAGGUCGACGGACCAGGUGGUGAAGCCGGUGAACCUGGACGCGCUGACGUCGUGGGUGGGCCACAUCCCGGACGACGUGGUUCGCGACAUGCCGUACAUCGCUCCCAUGCUGCAGCGCCUCGGCUACGACCCUCGACAGAACCCGCCCGACUACGGCAAACCCGACGCCGUCGUGCUCGAAAACACAAAAAAGUUGAAAGGACAAGAGUACCAGUAUAACCCCGACGUCGUCCCCGCCCAGGUGGCCAUUCCCGGCCACCCUGGGGAUGUCAACCCUCCGCUGGGGGACGUGGGGGAGGGAAAGGGUCAGAUGGAAGCCCCGGGGGUGGGGGACAACGCCCAGGGACAGCCCCAGGGCCAGGGGGAGAAGCGGAUGGACCAUGUACCCGUCCCCCCUGCGUAGUACUUAAUAUGUUAAUACAAUAUAGACUGUAGUUUUCAAGUGUCUUGUUCCUACAGUUGUCUAUUUUGUCCAAGUCUGGCCGGGUGAAAGUUCAUAGUUCAGAGUUGACUUGGGUGAAAGUUUAUAGUUCAGAGUUCAAAGUCUAAAACUAAGGAUUCACACAGUUAUAUGACCAAGGCUUCCUGGAAUGUGAGCGACCAUAUUUGGUGACUCUCAGAACCUCCCCUGGUUUCUAACUACCAUAUUUGGCGACUGUCAAAGUUUUCCUGGAAUUGAACCAUAUUUGGUCAAAAUAUGGUUUAUUUUGAAUAAUUUUUUUUCCAAACCCACUGCACCAGUAUACACCAUCCUAGCAGUCACUGUAACCUAGAAUGUUAGUUUUGACAAAAUUACAAACUUGGUACAUUCUAACUUUACAUAGAACGGUACUUACCAGUAAUGUUCCAAUAUACAAUUCAUAAAAGCUUCCAGCUUCUUUACUUCUACAGUUACAGUUACUUAUUGUAAAUUUGUAUUACCAUCAGUUGUUAAGUUUCUUAAAUUUGUUCCAACAUUCAUUCCUAUGUUUGUUCACAAAUGUGCAUUACAAAUUUCCUAAGGGAUAGGCUUGGUUUGUAUAAAUAUUUUAGAACUGACUCUUUACUGUACUUAUGGGGAUAUUAUAUUGUUAUUGAGUUUGAAAUAAGGUCAAGAUAUUAAUUUAGUUUUAUCGGCAAUAAUGUUGGUCAAUUAUAUCGUGUAAAAUGUUGAAAGAUAGAACUGUUGUUGGUUAGGUUCUGUAUCUCCACAUUUUUGACAGUUUUUUUUCCAUGUUAAGAACUGUUGGAGUUGUUUUAUGGAUAUUUGCUGAUACUUGCCAGAGAUUUUAUGUGCAAAGCAAUCUUUAGUUUUCGCCAGUGUAAUUUUGUUGUUUCGAUGAGAGCAACUUAUUUUUUGUAUAAAUAUUGAAACUAUGUGCUUAUGAUUAUUUUACAUGUGACGUACUUAGGGCAAUAUGUACAUGUUAAAUGUUUUAAUGUCUUCUAACAUAUCUGUAUUUACUGUACAUUUCUGUUCGGUAAAAAAAAGAUGGUUGGUACAUGUACAUGUAUUCCAUCAUGCAUCCACUUUGUUUUUUCAAACAGAUUUUAACCUGGAUCAAACUUUCCCACUCCAAAACUUGAUGGAUCAGAAAAUAAAAUUUGGCCUGUUAGCAGCAUAAUUUCAUCAAGCAGUUUCAUUUUCUUUCAAAUGACUGGGUUUGAGGAGUUCCUAGAUUUGCAGAAGCAUUCGUGCGAAUUUUGUGAAAUUGGUGCAGAUUUUAUGACAUUGGUGCAAAUUUUAUGAAAAAGAAACAAACCCAGCUAUGAAAUGCUAUGGAUGAUAUGAAAAUGCAAGAAGAUUGGUACAGUUGUGCAUAGGGCUUUGUGCGUUUUUCAUAAAACGUGUAUAAAUUUUAUAAAACCGGUACCAAUGCUUAGACCCCUCCGACAAAGAGUGUUUCGUUGUAAUUAAACUAAAUUUAAAGUUGGUGGUUCGAAUGAGGACUUAGGGGGGAGGGGGGCUUCAAAUACUAAUACAUGUUCUUGAACACUUCAAAAAUGUUCCUUGUACAAGAAAGGCACCCUUGCCUUUCCUAAUCUCAAAGCAGAUCUUGGGAGGGAAGUCGCCACAUUUUCCGAUGUUCUGGUCCUGAAAUAGUUUGUUGUAUGUCAGAAUUAUAACCGGGGCAUCCAGAAAACUCCUCCCACCCCACAUCUACUUGGAAUUACAUUUCUGCCAUGGUGUGAGCAGGGGUUGUACAUGUUUGUACCACUGUAGACUGGACCAUGGUGUGAGCAGGAGUUGUACAUGUUUGUACCACUGUAGACUGGGCCAUGGUGUGAGCAGGAGUUGUACAUGUUUGUACCACUGUAGACUGGACCAUGGUGUGAGCAGGAGUUGUACAUGUUUGUACCACUGUAGACUGGACCAUGGUGUGAGCAGGAGUUGUACAUGUACCACUGUAGACUGGACCAUGGUGUGAGCAGGAGUUGUACAUGUUUGUACCACUGUAGACUGGACCAUGGUGUGAGCAGGAGUUGUACAUGUUUGUACCAAUCAUAUCAACUGUACAGGAACCAGACUAGGGUGUUACCAUGGCUACAAUAAAACUGGAUUUUAGCAA